CGCUGCUGGGCCCAUGCCCUGCGCCAUCCAUCGUCGACAGUACAUGCCGCUGCUAGCGCACCAUCGCCCCUUCGAAGGCCGCUAAUGCUAAUGGUGAGGCGAAUCACCACCAAAACAAUCCAACCCCCUCACCGGCGCGCUUCACCACCGCACUCGCUGACGGCACCAAUGCCCUCCAGAACACAUGCCCGCCGCGCCCUCGCCUCAUAGCCCUCGAAUUCCGCUGCGCCAACAGAAGGAUGCCCAGACGACGGCGGCUGCAAACAGCUCCACGAUGAAAGGCGCCGACUUCGGGAAGGCCAUCGGGAUUGACAGGCCGGCCAAUGUGAAGGACAAGAUCAGAAAAUGGCAGGCCGAACUCGAUGCCGACGCGGGCGCAGAGGACGCCGUCACUCCCGCGCCUUCCCCCAGGCUGCCCGCGACGCCGAAAGCGACGCUGCUCGACGACAAGCCGAGUCUGAAACCCGCACAUACGCCGACCAAGGCGGUCGAAGCGAGCCCCGAGCGGCCCAGGAGCGCAAAGAAGCCGCCAGCGCAGAACCAGCUCGACGACGAAGUGCACACGGCGACGGCGCCGAAGAAGCGCGUCGUGAGCGACUCGCACUGGCGCAACAACAAGUCGCCGCCGAAAGACGCAACCGCUCGCGCCUCGCCAAAGCCGCUGCCCACCGCCUGGGUGCGCCCCGCCGCGCGCAAAGUCGACAGCCCCGACACCAAGCUCUCGACGCCCCAGCCACCGCGGCCGCAGAUGGUCAUAUUUACAUCGAAGAGCACGGGCCAGAGGACACGCAGCCAGCGCCAGCGACGGCCCUCGCGGCCCACGAGCUCGGGCAACGAUGUGCGGCCCACCAGCAGCGGGUCGGCAAGCGCAAAGGGAGCGAAGAGCGCCGACGAAGGCGUCGCAUCGCCCUCGUCUCCGCCGUCCCCAAAGAAAAAGACGGAGCUGGUCCGAGUACGGCGCCGGCGCCCCUCCCAAACAUCUCCCAGGAGCUCGCUUUCUGCCGAAGACAUCACGCCUGUCAAACGUCGCCCGCGUUCCAUCCGGAAAUCAGAGACAUCCCUAAGCGAGGACCCGGCCAACGUGAUAACAGUCGAGUAUGAGCCGAGCCACGUAGAAUCGCGUCCCGAUGACGACAUCCGCGAGAGGCGGCGGAAGAGCCGGAGAAAAACCCACGGCGACGUCUCCCAGGAAGACUCCCCGAAAAACCCAACACCCACGGGCCGACGAAAGUCCCAUCGGAGAUCAUACCAAAAGGACGACGAGGAUGCCCUUCCUCGCUCGCCCGACCCCGCAACUCCAGAAACCCCAGUCAGGGUCUUCGGAAGCCGCCUGGAAGCCUGGCUGCAGACAACACCAGAUCCGUUUGUCGAUGCAGAUUCCCGCCGCAGACGGAAAUCCAAAGAGUCGGUGUCCACUUUGGAAUUGUCUCAUAAGCGUGAGAAAUCAGACGUCAGUGCAUCCGGCGACAAUAAGGAUGCACCCGCCGGAGAAGCCCCAGAGCGCACCAGUGGUAGCGGGCGGCGGCGGAGAAAGCGAAGCUCAACCAUCCAGAUUGAGACGCAGGAUCUAGAAGAAGAGCCUUCUGUUGCCCCUUUGACUGAUCCCGUAGAUACUCCGGCCAGUGACAAGGAGAAAGAAUUAACGCCUACGCCGACCCUGAAACGCCGUGGUGCGAGACGCACCCAACAUUCGCCCACCAAGGAUCGUGUAGUGUCUUUGCCUGCUACCGAACUGCCCAAAGAUGAGGAAGAUAUUGCCUCCUCUGCCCGUUCUUCAUCGGUUGGGCCACAAGCAAUGGACAUCGAGAAACUAAGCCUUAGACCACAUUUCGAAAACCCGGCAAUGCGCCGUCUCUUUCCAUCGACUGGCAAACGGCUGUCGACUAUCGUGUCUGUAGAGACAUUCGGGACCAAGAUGCAAGCAGCUCCUUCGGAGGCUGUCGGCUCAGAAGCGGUGGAAACAGAAGCCGAGCCGAACGAGAUUGCAGAAGAGGUCCCUGCCUCCGAUGUUGGGUCGCGGUUUAAUGCGGAGACCUCGACCGUUAUAAGUCGUAAGAGCACGAAGCGCAGCAAGCUUGCCAGUCACGCGGACUUGAUAUCAGUGCUCUCGAUGCCCAAGGCAGGCACGAGGAGCAUUGUAUCUGCGCGAAGCAUCCGAACAAACAGAAGCCGCCUGGCCACUGCCACAAUUAGCGACAUCAUGAACGAGCUUGCUUCAGACGAGACCAAAUAUAUGCGAGAGCUGCGCACCCUGGUUGACGGCGUUAUUCCUGUCCUUCUAAGCUGCGUUCUAUCCAAGUCCGAUUCGGCCGUCGCCGCCGGACUUUUCAGCGCUUCGGCCAACACUGAUCCGAACAAUAUCACAAAACCAAUCAUCGACAUGGGGAUUUCUUUGGAGCGACUGAAGACCCUGCACAAGCGAAUACGGACAGACGACUCGGACGCAUUCCUCUCGUGGGCCCAGAGUGCGCAGCGAGUCUAUUCUGAUUACAUCCAAGCAUGGCGGCUGGGCUUUCAGGAUGUUGUUAUCAGCCUUGCGCCCGCGGACGACGAUCCCUUUAAACCAGCAAGGGUAGUGGACGGCCCGGACGACGGAGCACCAUGGGAUGAGGGCCUUCCUCGAAACGCUGAAGGCUAUGUCGUCAACGGCGACGGUGAGCGGGUCGACGUGGCAUACAUGCUCAAGCGGCCUUUGGUCCGAUUAAAGUACCUAGCUAAGAGCAUCAAGGGAAUCAACCAUAUCAAAGCGUCUGAGCGCGCAGAGAGAACGUCGACUGCGUUCCAAGAACUCGUUACGGCUGCUCGAAAACGCUCGAACGACGAGCACGCUCGUUUGGAGGAUGAGGCGGCAGCAAAUAUCGACCCCACUCGUGCUCGCGAUCCUCGAAGCCUUGCACCUCUCGCUGGUGUGCGCAUUGACCCUACCCGCUGUGUCAGAGCAAGGGAUCACUUUGACUUGCACCUAUAUCAUUCAAGCGGGCAGGAAGUAGAUUGCCGUGUGGAGUUGCUGAUGCGCGAUGAUGCGCCAGGCACUGGACAAAGCGGAGACGUUUUGGUCUGUGAAGUCGACAAUACGGGCCGCUGGCUCCUGCUGCCACCGAUCCAGCAGAGCCAGAUAUCCGCCCGAAACGGCGAUUUGAAGGGGGAGAUCAUCGUCAUGAUUCGGGGCUACCAUGCAGAUGGCAACGAAUGGAGUGAAGUUAUGUCCUUGACCACAGACGACGAACAAGCCGGAUUUGAGUGGGUGCAGAUGCUCGGUCUCAAUCCGAUACCGCCACAGCUGUCAGACCUGAAGAGGGAUGAGGGCGCCCUUAGUAAAACGCCACGACCGACUAGCAGCCAUGCCUCGUCAUCCCUAGUAUCGAGUGCCACUGCCUCCACUCUGCCCCAAAAGAGCCGCACCCCUAGCCCACAUGAGAUCGAAAUUCCCAUUGGGGAGCAGGCAAAUGCCACCUCAAAGAAAUGGGGUUACGAGACCCCGGACAGGCGUUCGCAUUCACGGACAAUAUCGCCUAUUACUCCACCGAGCAGCGAAAAUCUACAUGGAGGAAGUGAAUAUGGUGCGAGCCAAGUUUCACCACCAUCCCCGCUCGAAUCCCAUAAGCACAUUGAAGCGGGCGCGAAUGCUUCCUCUCCGCGCUCUGCCGGCCAUGCCGACGACGACCAACUCAACCGGACACCGCGGAGUCUCAAUGAGGCUAUGCACAUGGCUGGUACUGGAUCACCGAUAAGUCUGAAGCGGACCAAGGCGAAGAGGCUGUCGAAGAAUCUCUCGUCCCCGUCCGCAUCCCGGCCUUCAAGACAGAUCGUGCUAGAUGAUCCAAUAGAGGAAGAGGUCAAGCCACCCCGAAAGUUGUCCAAGCGCCACCGACAGGAGCGACCAGACUCAACCACACCAUCGUCAUUGUCUCAGUCAAGCAAGGGCUUCAGCGUCUGGAUCCCUACUUCCGAGAAUGAGUAUUCGGACGAAUCCGACGAGGAUAAGCGUUCAGUCGAAGAAGUGCAUGAGCCUCCUCAACGUCCUCAAGCGCACCGACGGGCUUCAUCCGUGCCUACUAUGGAUUUGCCUACGAUUCCCAAGUUACGGAAGACGAGUCAGCCCAGCACUCCGGUAAAGCACACGUUUGAGGAACCCACCAAGAGCGCAGAGCCACCCAAGUCAGCUCCGUCGAAGAUUAGAAAGCCUUCUAAACCUAUUCAGGAGGAUGCUCCGCUGCCAGAAGACGACGACAAGCCGCCGCCGGUGCCACCCCAUCGAUCACCCAGCCCUGCGACCCCUGUGACCUUGAAGUCAUCCAACACUCCUGUCUUCACACCCACGCUUCCGGGCUUCAGGCAGAAACGGCGGUCCUCCUCACCCCUGAAGCACGAGUACGAGCCGUCCACCUGUACCGAGUCGUCGAGCGAGAGCGAAGAGGAGGCCUCUGGGGAUGAAGAAUCUGUCACAUCAGAGUCGUCCGACGACGUGCUAGAAGAUGACGUGCCAACACCUCUGAUGCCCUUAGGACAGAGGAGGCAGUUUCCUAAGGUGUCACCGCCAGGCUCGAUAUACACCCUGCCGAACGGUACCAUCACCCCCUCUCAGUCGGCGUCUAAUACGCCCUACCGAACGGUUCCGCACGGCUCCGGGCAAGCAUCGAAGGCAAUCGCAUCUAUUUUCACAUGGUCGGAUGCGGGUCGAUGGGAUAGCUUGCAUCCCGACGAGUGUAGUAUCGUGAUCACUCCUGGCAAGAUCGAGGUGUUUGAAGUUACCGCUGCGCACUCGAAGCCAUUCUUGCAAGACGGUGACGAGAUCAUCCAGCCUGAGGGAAAGGCGCCCCUUAUCGCAGUGGAGCUGACACCCUUGGUUCCUCUUCGCAAGUCAACUGCUAUCGACAUCUCGAUUCGAUCACCACCCACGGCCGAGUCGCGCAUCAGGAGUGGAAAUAACAUCAUGUUGCGAAGCAGGAAUUCUCAGGAAUGCGCCCAACUAUACGCCAUGAUCAAUCACUCGCGCAUUAACAAUCCUACGUAUAUUGCGCUCCAGAACGCACGAGGACCAUACGGACAAAGCAGUUGGGCCGAAGUCAUGGAUCGUCAAAACGCAGCGCGCUCUAAUGCAGGAUCAUCAAGCGGCUGGUUUGGUGGCUCUCUCGGACGGCGCAGCUCCUACCGAAAGACUAGCACGCGGGCUGCUUCUAUCUCGGCGGCAACGGAAUCCUCGGUCGGGACUAUGAACACAGCGCUUCGCAGCGCGCUCGGUCGCUUUAGCUUUAGCAAGAACGGGCGGUUCAACAUUCGCGGCUCGACGCUCGGUUCACGCAGCACUAAUAGCUUCGAUACGGGCUCUAGCGGGUCUGGCUCGGGAGCAAGCACGCCUUCCAACCUCGAGCCCGGACGAGCAUCAGGCGCACCUGCCGGCAUCACGAAUACAAAAUGCCGCCUCUACGAGCGCGAUUCUCUUACGAAGUGGCGCGACAUGGGUGCAGCACGCCUCACCAUCAUGCUUCCAGAUGCUUCGAUUCCAACGACGGCGAUGCGGCAAGGAAAGGGCAGCCCUGGAACGCGCGACCCCAGUCAAGAGAAGAGGAUCGUGGUGGUGGGCAAGACGAAGGGACAAACGCUGCUCGAUGUCACCCUGUCCGAGAGCUGUUUCGAGCGAGUGGCCAGGAGCGGGAUCGCGGUCUCGGUCUGGGAGGAUAUCGUGGGCCCAGACGGAGUGGCUGGACGUGCGGGGCACACGGGAGGGGUGUCGGGGGCUCGGGCUCGGAUAUUUAUGAUCCAGAUGAAGAGCGAGAGAGAGUGUGCGUACAGCUUCUCGUUGCUAGGGAAGCUGCGGUACUAGACGGCGGGCGAUGAGUGACGAACUCUACGGAUGACGACGGAGCCUUUUCCUCCAUCCUCGACCUGGGCGGGCUUCGGCUUUCCCGUGUAUGCAUAUGCUCCGGCAAUUGGACCUAUGUUAUCAGCGACGGCGCCUGCGGAACUGUCCUAUUUACGGCGCCAACACGAGCGGCAUUUAGCUUGCGGUUAGCCGGAUUUCACUUUAUGCGGUUUCUUUCUGUUAUGGACUUGGGGUGGUUUCCCAUGUAUCUUGCAUCUUGUUCAAUUCGGCGGUGUUUUCAGAUGGAAAUAGCGAGCAAGCAUAUAGAGCUUCUUUUUUUUUUUUUUUCUUCUCCGCGUUUGUCGUAGGCUUAGGGCGCAUGUUGGGAUGUAGGCCGGGGGCGGAUGGG